CCAAAUUCUAUGCAAACUCAGUUCAAUUAAACCGCGCAGGGAUAAAUAAUCAACAACCGUGGCUAACGGUCUACAAUAACAUUAUUCCCUAGCAAAAACAUGCCCAUUUCAUCUGCACAUGUGUGUAAUACGAAUCUAAUCAAAAUUAAACAAUUCAAAUCAAGCUUCCUCGGUGCGUAGGAAGGCAAAAGGAAGGAUGAAAGGGAGGUUGUGUUGUAGUGUGUAAUAAUGGAAAGCUUUCGCAAAUUUUCCCAAAACACAAACACAAUCCGGCUCAUAUUAUUGAAGGUCCUCUCCCUUUUAUCCGCUAUUCAACACGGUGUGCCACACAUUUAAUCCAAUAAAAUGCACCAAAUUACCAAAAACCAUGUCACCUAUCGCGUACAAGCAUCUACAAUCGAUUACGCCGUUUAAAACAAAAAAAACAGCUCGAACGCCCUCUCGAAAGGGAGACAACCAUUCCACUGCCACAUCACCCACCGUUACCCGAUUCCCCGAGUUGGCAAAUAAUGGUUUUAUUGGACCGAUUAUUAUGUGGGUGCAUUGACACAAGUCAAAUCUGUCCUAAUGGGUAUGAGCUUGGGCUUGGAACACUGGUUGCAAAAUCGUUCCAUUUUUAGGUGGUUGAUUACUUCUUUUUUCUCUCUCUCUCCAGCCCCUUCCACAUGGUGGCCACAAAAAUGGCACAUCUGUGACACGAAUGGAAGGAAGGAAGUAGUACAAAUGGGAGGAGGGAGAGUGUAAUAUACAUCCAUACACACGUACACGCAUCCCAUCCACUUUCAAACACAGACCCAGUGCUCAUCCGACACGGCUGUCAGGCGGAUUAUUUUCACCGCCGUACCAUCAUCGGCAACCCGCACAUGUAACUAACAUUAGUUCGUAUUGCCGGCGGGAAACAAUCCGCUGGUUCGGCAACAGAAAACCACAUUCCGGUGGGUAAUAUAACAGGUUGAAGGUUUUUCUACCAUUUUUUUUUUAAUGUUUUGAGUAAAACUCCACCACCACCAUUGUCCUCUCACCGAAAUAGUUGAAAAGCAUCCAUCCGUCCAAUGGGGUGAGUUUUUUUUUGUUUGUUGCCGGUUUGGGGUGAGUUACAUAAAAAGUUAAUUACUUUUCGCGACCUCACUACCAAGCGCGCGACUCCUUAUGAUAGUGUGAUGAGUGGUUUUGUAGGUCGGUGUGAGUGUAUUAGGUGGGAACAAUGGUUACCCCGUCAAGCUGCAAAACCAGGUUGGUGGGAAAUUCGUGUCUAACACGCCUCUGGAACGUCAGUAAUCGUUAGGGCCACCGCCACCGCCCAUAAGGAAGAAUUAAGAACACCUCCAACAGACUAACCUGGCGACGUGUCUUUUGGGUUGGGUUUUUCCGUAAGGUGGCAAUAUUCCCAGCCCAAUUUGAGACGGAGCAAGGCGUCCCUGUACCUUCCGGUUGCUUCUCUUGUUCCGGAAUCGACAAUGUGGCUUCGAUACCAAUGAACCGAACGUGCGAAGCCGUGCGUUGAAUGGGCUCAGUUAGGAUAGAUGCGGAUCAUCGUGUCGAAGCCGAAAGUAUUUUCGGUUUUUUUUUUGUUCAACCAUGGUAUGGAAAACCUUCAAGUGUGUGUAUGUGUGUGGUAUAGUGUCCAAUGUAUUGGGAACAUUCUCGAUCGAACUCACCACCCGAGUAUGUCCCGCGUGUGACGUUAGGUUUUAAUUUCCGCCGCCACUGUGUCACUUCGAUACGCACCACGGUGAAACGUGUACGUGAAUCGGGCCACAGGAAAGCAAUUUUUAUGGGAAAACUUAUCCCACCCAUGCACUUUGUUGGGGAAUCGCGCUGAGGAAUCGCACCAAACGUCUUCAUUGUGGUGGAUAAUUAAUUUGUGCUCAAGUGGAAGUGGUGUGUGUGUGUGUGUAAAAGAGCAAAAAAGUUGGUGGCUGUGACAUCCAAUCCAGAGAACCAGAGGUGAUAUGAUCGUGGAUCGAAAACUCCACACUUCGUAUUCGGGCAAGCAUUGACGGUGUGGCACAUUCCACUGUCAUACCCAAAACCUUCCCCGGCACAAAACGAGCCCGGGUGUCACGGUAGCGAAUUAUCCCGGAACAAGCAGCAACCUCGUGGAAGCUAACUUUAACGUAAUAAAACACACCGACAAACAGCACACUACUAAUUAGUUCAAACCCGUUUCGUGGUUCAACCACCGUACGACUUCCGUGUCCAACGAGCAGCUACUAUAACCUCGUCGGCAGCACACAAUCUACGUGCCACGGUUGCAGAAGCACCGCAUCAAGACCGCCUUUCGGUUCCCAGGAAAAGGGAGGCACAAACACUUUAGCGCCUGUUUCCCUUCCCCGUGUUUGCAUCCUGUGUGCACAUGCACUCGGUGGAUACGGGAACUCCAAACUUCAAACCCAAAGCGACCCGCCGCGUGUAUGUGUGAUAGCAUUUUCCGAGAAAAAGACUGAGAUUUUUCAUAUUGAACAGUUUCGCGGCUUCGGUAAACUGGACUCCGGGAAUCAAACCGCAACACAUUACGUGGUGUGAACAAACCCCGGGUGGUGAGAGACUGGGUGUAAAGUUAAGCAGCGACCACGUCUGAAUAUUUGAGACCUCCUCCCUUACAAAACCCCUUAAACUCCCCUAUCGACGGAGAGUGUACGGCGUUAAGAUAGUGUGUAAUUACAACAUCAACAACUCGGCGUACUCGAUCAGUUCCUGCAGCACCCAUACAGUUGCUCGCUUUUGUUUGUUGGACACCGGCAGCCGUGAUCCUUUCACUUGCAUUUGUGCACACCGUCGUUACAACGAGCUUCGUGUCGCAGUUCCAGCGUCAGCUGGUUCCCAAAAAACCGACGAAUCCGUGCGUACCACCAGCGAGUUGCUUAAAAUUCUGGCAAUGAUCUUUGGUGAUUUAGUAUGCUGCGUGCAUUUUGUGGUUCUGUUGCAAAGCUGCAUUGGCACACUGGUGACGGCACCUCCCACGGAUGCUCUCGUGCCAGCACCACUCGUACGGCAACCACCGGGAUCAGCACCACCACCAGCAUCAGCAGGCGGAAUUCCACCGACAAACCGUAGCGGACGGUACACGGAUACGUUACCCGGAGAGCUGAACGAGUAUUGUAGAACAACACAGGACUGCCGACAGUAUGCACAUGUUUGUGACACCCGCAAGCAAACGUGCGACUGUGCCGAAGGAUACCGACCGGACGAGACGAAUCGCAUCUGCCACGGGGCCGUGGGACGCCGAUGUUUGUACGAUAGUCACUGCAUCACGAACGCUUACUGCAAGGGACAAAUGAUCUGUACGUGCAAGCGUGAAUACGGAUUCCUCACCGAUGAUAACUGGUCAUGUCAAGGUAAUUUAUCACCUCACUAUUACGUGCAUUAUGUACGUCCUGGGAAAACGGAAUUGAACCAAACUGCUUCAAGGAAAAACUGGAAGCAUUCUUAAGUAUUUUCUUUUUGUUCUUUAUCUUUUCUUCUCUCCCCAUCCCUCAACUGGACACUCAAACCAACAGCAUCAGCCGCAAGACGAACAGUUCCCAUCAGCCUCGGAGUGGUAAUUCUUGGCGCAAAGCUUACGCUUCCGUUGCUGGCAGUUUCAACGUUGACCACAUGGUGGUCCGUUGCUAGAAUGCGCCCAACAUUGCUGUGGGAAUAAAUUCAUUUAUCGUAAGAUUUAAUUAAAACCCGAAGAAAAGAAGAGCCAAGUGCCGCCGUAGGGUUCGGGUAAAGGGUCUCAUGCCAUCGUCUCGUAUUUAUCGUUAAAUAUUUUCAGAUGCACUGCUGCAAUGCACCUGUUUCUGGCCGUGCACCAACCUUUAUAUACAAUAGACUUCCACUUCGCCCCUUCAAGAAACCAUAAGAUUCAAUCCAUAUCUGUACAAGUUGUUUUCCAACAAGAUGUUCUAGCUGUAUUACGGAGGCGAGGAAUAUAAAUGAAAAAGUACUUUUAAAAAAAAGAGUUGAAACUCAUCGAAUUGGAGUUCCUUGCCUUCCGUUUUUUGCCAACCGAUAAAUCUGCAUUCUACCCCGAUAUCGGACCCCGUAACGGAACACGUACUCCAGAAAGCAUCCAAACAAUAUCGACACCGGAAGAAAGGUUCGACGAGGCCAACGAGGUUCCAGAAAUGAAGGCAUCAGCUGUCGAUGUAAAAUCGAAAUAAGAUUAGUUUAUUCGUGAAGUGCAUUCUCAUUUCUCUUUCUUCAGCAGAAUCCAAUAAAGUGAACUACCGCAUUGUAGCGGAUGUAGCGGGAAGUUUGGGAAGGAGUUCUGCCCAACCAUGCGGAUGUGAUGCCAUUCUGCUCAAGAGGAACACUCGGGAAGGCAGGAAGAAGAAGAAGAGGGAGAAAAAAAACCCCAAGAAAACGAAGAAACGCAUACACUUCACCAACAAGGAUGGCAGGAGGAGAAGAGUGGCGUAGUGGCAUUUGCAAGUUGAGUUCCGAGAGUUCCGCAGCAUACUGGAGAAUAAAUAUUCUCCUUUUGCUUACAAAUAAAUGUCGAAUUUUGGGAUGGCGAGAUGUGUUUGUUUGCUUCGGCAGAACAAAUGUUGAGUGAACGUGUCCGGGCGCGCACUUUCUUUGCAUUUUGCCUUCCGAUAAAGGGGGGCGGAGAAAAAUGGAGAACCACCCGGUUUCUCCACAAACAAAUGGGAGUCGCGUAGCGAACGAAUCUAACAGCCAGGAGGAGGUUUGUGGAAAUUUUUUCAAUUCCUUCCCGCCCCCGCUCAUAGUUCUUCACGUGUUGCGGAGACACGAUGGUAAAAUUGUUUUUCCGUUAUGCCAAUAUUAUUUCACAUGCUAAUAAUGGUUAAAUAUGAAAAGAUUCUUUAUCAAACAGCGUGUGUGUGCGUUUGUGUUUAAGUAAAACAAAUAAAAAGUUGAUUAAAAUUCAUAAGUACGUAUAAGCAAAUAAAGGUCAAUCUGUUAUCCAUAUAGUACACGAUUAUUGGGGUUUGAUGUAUUCAUUUAGAAAUAAGCAAACAAAACGCGAGCAAUUAUUUAUCCUAAAUUUUCCUGAAUUAUUAACCUCCGCACACAAAGGUGAUGUUGGGAAAUCGUUUUUUUUUUCGCUUUUCUUCUGCACAGUUGCAUACUAUUUUACCUGUCAUUUGUACAGUAAACAUCAUUGAUAAGUGUAAUAAUAAUAUCACCACCGCUUAUGAUUUCAGUAGCGAUCAAACGAAGCCAAAAGCGGUGCAUUGCCUUUGGUCGAUCCACUCGGUCGGUGAUACACAUGUUUGGAAUUGCACUGCCGCAACAAAUGUCCGACGAGUGCUAAUGAUUGCUAAUUUAUACAGUACGCGCUGUAUCUGGUGUCACACUCUGGCGUGAAAUUGAUACCCCACCGAUCCCCUAUUGAAAAUAAUGAAAAAAACCCUCUCUCUCUCUGAUUGAAGGUACAGACGGGUGCCAUUGCUCUGGAAGCCAUACUAAGGGCAACAACUGUUCUGCAACAAAAAAAAGGAGAGGAAAAGUUAUGACCCAAAAGGAGGUGAAAGCGUGGAAAUGGUGAUCGAAACGACAACACAAAUUAGCGCGCAAUAUUGAAAUAAUAUAAAUUUCAAUAAUUAAUUUUAUUUAUAAAUUCACUUAAAAACCAAAAUCAAUUAUGCUCAUUUCCAGGUUGGUACGGAACCUUGUCCGGGCUACCGGACCAGGGGCCGGUAUACGUUUUUAUUUACCAAACAGCAAAGUACACAUGCUAUAUCAUUUCAACGGUGGCUGGGAAACUGUUCGCUUGUAUUGGAAAAGCUACAACUAUGUGUAGGUGUAUCGAUAAAAAGUGCAUUUCAUGUGUGUUCAUUCCACUAAAGCAGGUGCUAAAGGGGUCCUGCCCACCUCUACCGUAGGAGGUGAGAAAGCAAAAAAAAAGCGAGAAAUAAAGAAAGAAAAAUCCCACACACCACGAUCAAGUGAAAACAUAAUUCCAAUAAAUGUUAAUUGAUGCCAAAUUUUAUUUACGAUUUCGGACGUGGUGCAAACGUACACUGCACCUGGAUGCUGGGUACGGUGUAUAUAAUGGUGCCGGCAAAUUAUGUGUCCAUGGCACGCAACUGGCGCCAUUGUUGAAGUAAUUCGAUUUGUGCGUUUGCAUCGGUUGCAUUCGAGUGGUUGGAUGUAAGAAUUUGCGGGGACAAUUGUAAUUGAUAUGAAGCAAUGUAUGUUAUUACUGGGUUUUCCUUUUUUUCUUAAUUCAAUGCAGUAAAUUUUUUAGUUUAAAUGCUGUACUUACUGCAGCUCCAAAAUGUUCUAAAAAAUCAGCAAAAUAGCAACGGAAAAUAAACAACAUUUUCAAAUUCAAGGUUGUAUCAACACAACAUUUGAAGACAUCAACACCCCAACAUAACUACCAAGUAAACCGAUGGGCCGGUUGCCUAGACGUAACUAGGACACGGACCCGGUUACUAUGGACGCCAAUGCUUGGAUUGUUUUAUUUGAUGCGUUCAAAUGCCUACCGUUAAAGGUGAGCAAAUUUUCUCAUUUUCAUUCGAGAAGUGCUGUGAGUUGGAACACAUUUCAAUUGUUCACGUUAACUUCCAUACGAAACGUAAAAGAUUUCCAAUCAAUUUUUGCUACCGAAUACAAGUGAUUGAAGUUUAACUGUGUUAUUGUGUGUGCAAAAGAUGGAUUUCCGUGCCAUCUGGAUACGGGACCGGUUGUGCAAGAUAUUGGGCGUUUUCGAACCACGCUACAUUGACACGGUGCUGAACGAGCUGUACGAUGAGCUGGUCGCCUUUCUGGACGAUUCCGUCACCGAUCAGCGGGACGACCAUAAGCGCAUCCUGUUCGCGUACCGUACAUUUUACGAGCGGCUUAUCGAGGAAAAGGUGACCGCAUUCGAACCAGGUCCGGCAGACGAUGCGGAUGAUGGCAACGCUGACCAUGAGAUUACUGGAGAUGCCGGAUUCCUUGGGGCUAGCAACGAUAAUGAGCUGGUUGAAGUUACAAAAAUUGUGCCGACAUCGAUCAAAACACCAAUCGUUCACAUUUGCUUUGGCAUCAUACCGGAGGAGAAAAUUGAUCCCAACAUACGCUACGUGUAUAUGGUCCGGCGGUUAUGCACACCGAUCGGUAUGUUAAGUAGUUUUGCUGUUGAUGGAUUCUCCUCAAUCUCAAUAAUCAUAUCCAACACAUUACUUGCCACAGGAUCAUUCCAAAAUCUGGAGGACUGUAUUGCGGAAAUGCCACGCAAAGUGAUCGUCGGUUGCAUUAGGGGCAACUUGAUACACAACGCGAAGGAAAUGCUGGAAAGAAUUUACCGGCCCGGUGUUGAGUUUCAGUUUCACGAGCCGGACACGAAGCGCCCCAAGCCGGAAAAGAGCACCAGCGUGGACGAGGAAGAACCGGUGGACCGUUCCUCCAGCAGGGCAAGUGUCGGUUUGAUUGACUAUACCCGGCCGUCUGACUUUCGCAUGAAAGCGAUGCAGGCGAAAAAGAUCACACCCAGCAUGGCGUUGCGCGAAGAAUCGGCCCUGGAGAAUAGCAGCCGCCAAUCGUUAGCCGAUACGCCGAGCAGUGAAUCGAACCUCACCCAAACGAAAGCAUCCGAAUCGACGACAGGCGAUAGUGAUGCGAAGUUUCCACCUCCACAAACUUCCUCCGAACGUUGGGACACACUGCUGGAGGAGUCGAAGGUAAAGGGACAGGUGGAACGGUGCAAACAACAACCAGCACCGAAAUCUGCGCCCGAGGAGAGCCCCAUGAAGCAGAAUCUGGAGGUGAAUCUGGAGAAAUUUAUCGACACACUGCAGUGGACGAUUGAUCAUGUGGAGUGUGCGUUCGGGCUUCCAACGCAAUACAAUGCGCCUCAUCAGGAGAACAUUACCGUGGAUGAGGAUAAGUUUAAAAUCAAGGUUGAUAUCGGGCGAACCGCGAUUGAAGAUUUAACUACGCUACAGCUGGAGGAAAUCGUUGAAGGAUGGUCUAUCUACAUUGGGAAGGUGUUGCGCGAGUCUAACGAGAAGGAACCAACCGACUGCACACCGAUGGCGGAGUAUAAUCUGUGGAUAGAGCGAGAACUACAGUUCAAUUCUAUCGUAGAACAAUUAAAAGCUCCAUUUGUGAUUCAAGUGUUUGACGCCCUUAAAGAUAAUCAGAGCAACAUUAUGAACGCUUGGCCGGAUCGGUUUCGCAAACUAAAGGAAGCCCUAUGCUUGGCGCGGGAAAACGUCGAACACCUGGCCAUGCUGCAAAGCUACCUUGAGAAAAUCAAAACCGGUGAUGACUUCAAAUUCAUCCUAUCCAUUAUACCGAACAUAACGAUCAUACUGAGACACAUUUGGACGAUGUCAAACUAUUACAGCCUGGACGAGAACAUGCUCAGCCUGAUCGGGAAGAUAUCGUACGUGUUUGCGGAGAAAGUUAAAAUAUUAAUUAAUGUGGAUACCAUAUUCAAACACUCAGCAACGCAUAUCCACAAAUGCGCAACGAACUGUGCGACGCUUCUGCAGGCUUGGAAACAAUCCUACAUGGAUACUCGGGCACAGAUCGAACAGUCGGGUAUUGGGUCACGGUGGGAGUUUGAUAAAAAUGUGCUGUUCCGGGAAAUCGAUCAUAUGACACGGAUUAGUCACGAUAUGGCGCACAUCGCACAGGUAUUUCUGGACUUUGAAAACAUCUUCGAUGCCAACUUUAAAGCUAUGAUAACCGAUCCUGAAGAAGUGGAUAACACUCUGAGCAAGGUUUAUCGCCUCAUCAAUCACAUCAUUUCGGUCGACUACGACAUCUUUGCCUCGAGCAAUUUAGCCAACUGGGAGGCAACGCUGGACUACUUUCACAAGGGCGUCGAACAGGUGGAACACGAAGCUAAGGUAGCACUGGACCGCUGCAUACCAUCGCUACGGUCUGCCGAACUUGGACUGGAGCUGAUAAAAAAUUUAGACCGCAUCGAAACACGGCCGGCAUUGGCAAAGCAUUUAUCAUCCAAGUAUGAAAAUAUUAUGAAACAAUUCCUCGCGGAAGUUGGGAUGGUUGAGCACGAGUUUCUGAAACAUAAAAACAAUCCACCGCUUCAGCGCAAUGAGCCGUGUUACGUUGGGGCCGUAUUUUGGGUGCGUUCGUUGCUUAACUUCAUCCGGAAAUCUAUGACCGCAUUUAGAGAAGUAUGUGGGCCGGCUUUACUUAUUAUUUGUCGGCUAGUGUAACCUCUACGGUCCCUUUUCCUUUCCCAGUUCGAAACCAGCAAAAGCCAUACGGAAACUUCACUGCAGCGUACCGCUUUCGGCCAAUACAUGCAGCUGGUGAAGGACUUCAAACGGUACGAGAAGGAAAACUUUCAAAAGUUUACUACGUACGGUACCAAAACGGUGAACAGUGUGCUGAAGCGCAAUAUUUUAAAAUUGGAAUUUUGCGAUACGAUGCUAGAGCUACAGAAGGAGAAAAAAACAAAAGAAACAAAAGCAAAAAAAGAAAAUGCCACCCAACGGCGGCCCUCCGCACUGAUGACCGGGAAGGAUCGUACCCGGUACACAAACAUAGCAACGGCCGUCCGGUGGCUUGUGAAUAGGCCCGAUGCGCUUGAUCCGCAGCUUGCACUCGCCCAAAAGCUUGUCCGUGCGGCACGCAACACACCCUCCCAAGGUUCGACCAGCGGCACCCAAACGCCCGCAAGUGAAUUCAAAAUCAAUCAAGCCCAGCUGAUGGUGUCAGCAGUUUCGCAAAAGAAAAUUCCCACGUGGCGCGAAGUAAUCGGCGAAUCGGUGCUCAUCGAGUACAAGCUUAAGUUUGCGCUUAACUUUUCGUACGACAUAUUCGACGUCAUCAACGAAGGUCAACAGUUCGAGUAUUUGGGAUUCGCAUUAAGUCCCACCAUUAGGAUGGCCAUUAUGAGAAAAGAUCAACUAUUUCGCGAUGUUGAGUGUGUUUGUAAAAUGGUUGAUAAAUACAACGACAUCGUGCUAAAUCUCUCUACUCCUGAGGUUCAUUUUCUGCGUAGCCAUUUGUACGAGGUGGAAACAAUCAUUCAGGCAGGACUCGGGCGCUUUACCUGGCAAUCCUUUAAUAUUGGAGCGUACGCAGAAAAAUGUCAAACGUUAAUGAAAAGCUUAUCGUCCCUCGUAUCGCAAAUUGGUUACAUCAGCAAUGACAUAAAGGUGCGUAUUGAGCGGCUAGAGUCGUUCGCCAUGUUCGAGCUGGACGGUGAUAAAACAAAGGAGUCCCGUGUAACGGUGGCGGAAGUUGUGCUAAAAGCACCAACCCAACAAAAGGAACAUCACCAUCCGCAUCACCAUGCGUCCCAUCGGCAGCAGCACCAUCAGCAGGAUACGCGCCAAGAUAGUGUGACACCAACUGAUGGUGCGGCAAUGGCGGCACCAUCCAUUGCCCGCUCUGUCGACGAUAGCGGUGAGCAGGAGAAGCGACAAAAGCGCCCAAAGAAGGUGUCCAUCAAGGAGGUGGACGACAGCGUUAAGCCGUGCCGGGAUUACUUCGACGCACUGGAGAAAGAUCGCAGUGCGAAAACGAUCAAGUUGCUGCAGCUGUACGAUUCAAUAGGGCCCAUUCUGAUUAAAUUGGAAAGCUUAGUGCUCGGUACGUUUACCGGCGAGUGUGUCGAAAUGAAAUACUACUACAACCACUGGGAGAAACAAGUGUUCAGCUGCUUCACCAGAUUUGCAGCAAAAAACUUAGAAAAGUUCAUGAACCAUCUGUUAAACAAUCAACCGUUGUUCGAAGUGGAUGCAAUUCUGACGGUGCCGGAAAUACUGAUGCGACCAUCGUCGACGGACGCUUACAGCAUCAUGAUCAGCUCGGUGAAAGAUUUUUUGCUAAGAUUGAAGAAUUUUAAACGAUGGACUGCUGAAACUUGUCUUCCGUGUCCUGUGACAAAGUGUGAGGAGAAGGAAUUUUACUUUACGUUCUUUGAAGACGUGGUGCAGAUCCCGAGAGUUUGUGAGUUGGUUAUCAAUUUGCAGCAAAGUGUCCAAAACUUGGUUACUGAAGUUUUAACUUAUUUGAAAAGCUGGCAAAAAUAUCGAAACCUUUGGAUGUAUGAAAAGAUGAGUGUUUGUGAAAAAUUUCUCAACCAAAAUGUUUCCCUUGCCCAGCUGGAUGAGAAGUUCAUUUACUACACCCAGAUCGUGAAUGAGCUCGAACGACAUAAACCAUUCCAUGAUAUUAAAAGCAUUCGCGUUAACCUGAAACCCUUGAUUAGAGGAAUCGUGGAUCAUGCGGUUGAGUGGCGUAAUACGCUGGGAAAUAUACUUGCGGAAAGAACGCGCCAGCAAAUGAUAGAACUGCAUGAGCACAUGGUGAAACUGAGGACUGAUUUGGAUAAAAAUGUUAAAGAACUGUCACACUUUAAGACGGUCAUGCAAACUAUUCAAACGAUUCAGUCAAGUACGCUAACGGUUGAGCUAAAAAUACAUGAAAUACAAGAGAUUUACAACAUUCUGGAAGAGCAUCGCAUUAAGGUGAGUAAUAAUUUUUUAAAGCUAAUAAUUUCACUAUUCUAUAAAUUAUGGUUUUCCUUACAGUUCCCACUGGGUGAUAUGAUUAUGGCUUAUCAUUUGGAAAAACGGUGGAAGAAAAUCUACCAUUCUGCACUUUUGCGGGCGGGCAAACUGCAACCCACCAAGGCGAAAUUUGCAGAAAUUACACAAAAAGAAAUACAUACAUUUGGUGAAGAGCUGGCAAAAUUUACAACGAAAUUCAGAACCGAAGGACCAGGCACGGUUGGUUUGGAUCUGGACCGGGGUGUUGAGUUGAUGGAUUGUUACGGCAAAGAAAUCGAUCUGAUGGACCGUCAGCGUAUCGAGUUAGAAAAUGCUGAAAAGCUGUUCGAUAUUCCAUUAACGGAUUACAACGAUUUUUUGCAAUGUAAGCUCGAGUACGAAGAAAUACAAGUGGUCUACAAGUUGUACGUUCAGCAAAAAGUGGCUCGGGAAAAAUGGUCCCACACAUUGUGGGCCAAUCUAAACCCCCAAGCACUGCUGGAAGGAAUCGACAACUUUAUGAAGGAGUUUCGAAUGUUGCCAAAAAAUAUACGGCAAGCGCCCGUCGGUCAGGCGUUGGACACGAAAAUGAAGCAAUUCAAAUCCUCCAUCCCGCUGAUGUUGAGCUUGAAGGACGAAGCAUUGCGGGAACGGCACUGGAUGAAGUUAAUGGAAAAAACUGGUCAACAUUUCGACAUGUCACCGGAUCGAUUCACGCUCGAGAACAUGUUUGCGAUGGAGUUGCAUAAGUAUCAGGAUAUUGCUGAAGAAAUAAUCAACAACGCCAUAAAGGAGCUGGCAAUCGAACGCAGCGUUCAGGAAAUUGCCCAUAUCUGGCAGCGGAUGUGCUUCAACAUGAUACGUUACGAGAAAGGAGGUCGUGUCCGAGGACACAUACUUGGUGCGACUGAUGAAAUUAUGCAAGUGUUGGAAGAAAAUUCCAUGAAUCUACAAUCGAUGGCAGCAUCGCAAUUUAUUGGUCCUUUCAUGCCGACGGUUCAGCGGUGGGAAAAACAUUUAACACUCAUAUCGGAAAUCAUCGAUGAAUGGGUUAGCGUACAGCGGAAGUGGCUAUAUUUGGAAGGUAUAUUUAUUGACGGCGAUAUCAGCAGCCAGCUGCCGGAAGAGGCGAAACAUUUCAAUACCAUCGAUGAGGAAUUUCGUGAGAUAAUGAAACAAAGCAAUGAUAACCCAUUGGUCGUCGAUGUGUGUCUCGUGCCGGGAAGAUGGAACGAUUUCAUACGACUCGGAUACGCACUGGACGGAUGUCAAAAAUCUCUGAACGACUAUCUGGAACAGAAACGACGCGCAUUUCCAAGAUUCUACUUUAUAUCGACGGACGAGCUGCUAUCAAUACUUGGCGACAGUGAGCCAACGUGCGUACAGGAGCACAUCAUAAAGAUGUUCGAUAACAUAAAAUCUUUACGAUUUGCUAAAGAUCGAUUUGACACGCCGACUGUAACGGCCAUGAUUUCCAGCGAGGGCGAAACGAUGGAAUUCGAAACGCCGGUGCCGGUGCGGGAGCGGGUGGAGCAAUGGAUGAACGAGGUGUUAAAGGAAAUGCGUCGAACCAAUCGAUUUAUAACGAAGAAAGCAAUCUACCAUUACGGCAAGGAUCGCGAACUCGCACGGCCGGACUGGAUUAUGCUCUACCAAGGCAUGGUGUGUCUCGCUGCGAAUCAAGUCUGGUGGACGGCUGAAGUUGAGGAGGUAUUCGCCAAGGUGCGGCACGGCAACAAGCGUGCGAUGAAGGAAUAUCUUCAGGAGCAGAAUCGCCAACUCGAUGAACUCGUACUGAAAGUGCGCGCUAAUCUAACACCCAAUGAUCGACUUAAAUUUAAAACCAUUGCCACAAUCGAUGUCCAUGCACGCGAUAUUAUUGAAGGCUUUGUCCGGGACAGCAUUCUGGAUGCUCAGGAAUUUGGAUGGGAAAGUCAACUGCGGUUUUAUUGGAUACGGGAAAUGGAUAAUUUGUUUGUACUGCAAUGUACAGGAAAAUUCGAUUACGGUUACGAGUAUAUGGGAUUAAACGGACGGCUCGUUAUUACGCCAUUGACUGAUAGGAUAUAUUUAACAAUCACACAAGCAUUGACGAUGAAUUUGGGCGGUGCACCAGCUGGACCGGCCGGUACGGGAAAGACCGAAACUACCAAGGAUUUAGCGAAAGCGCUCGCACUGCUUUGUGUUGUAACGAAUUGUGGCGAAGGGAUGGACUUCCGAGCCGUUGGUACGGUUCUGUCAGGGCUUACGCAGUGCGGUGCAUGGGGAUGUUUUGACGAGUUUAAUCGUAUCGAUAUAUCCGUGCUGAGCGUAAUUUCAACACAACUGCAAACCAUUCGUACGGCGUUGGUUUCACGCGUACAAACGUUUAUGUUUGAAGGUAACGAAAUCAAUCUCGAUCCGAAGGUUGGCAUCUUCAUUACUAUGAAUCCUGGGUACGCCGGACGUACGGAACUACCGGAGUCGGUAAAGGCCCUGUUCCGACCGGUUACCUGCAUCAUGCCGGACCUGGAGCUGAUCUGUAUGAUUUCACUGUUUUCCGACGGGUUCAUAACGGCGAAGGUGUUGGCCAAAAAGAUGACCGUACUGUACAAGAUGGCGCGGGAACAACUGUCCAAGCAGUACCAUUACGAUUGGGGACUGCGGUCACUGAAUGCGGUGCUGCGGAUGGCCGGUGUGAACAAACGCAAAUCGCCCGAACUUUCGGAAGGGGCCACAUUGAUGCGUACGCUGUUCGAUAUGAACUUUCCCAAGUUUGUGUUUGACGAUGUGCCGCUGUUUAUGGGGCUUAUAAAGGAUUUAUUCCCCGGAGUUGAUUAUCCACGUGUAGGUUAUCCGGACUUUAAUGAAGCGGUGAGGGAAGUGUUACUAACCGAUGGAUUCGUCAUAAUACAGAAACAGAUGGAUAAGGUUCAGCAACUGUAUGAAACGAUGAUGACCCGCCAUUCAACGAUGGUGGUUGGUCCGACUGGUGGUGGAAAAACCGUUGUAAUUAACACUUUGAUAAAAGCACAAACCAAUAUGGGGCUGCCAACGAAAUGUACCGUGCUUAACCCAAAGGCCUGCUCGGUGAUAGAGCUGUAUGGAUUUCUCGAUCCCAGUACCCGCGACUGGGUCGAUGGAUUGUUCUCCAACAUAUUCCGAGAGAUGAAUAAACCUACUGACCGCGAUGAACGUCGAUACGUCUGCUUCGACGGUGACGUUGAUGCACUGUGGAUUGAAAACAUGAACUCCGUCAUGGAUGACAACAAACUGCUGACGCUAGCGAACGGGGAGCGCAUUCGGCUAAAUAGCUACUGUGCGCUUCUGUUUGAAGUUGGCGAUCUAGCUUACGCUUCGCCCGCGACAGUUUCACGUGCCGGUAUGGUUUACCUGGAUCCGAAAAACCUUGGCUAUCUGUGCUACUGGGAGCGGUGGCUAAAAACGCGCUACCUUGAGGAGCAGGAGAUGUUGGAAAAAACGUUCACCGCCAUCGUACCUAUUGCGAUCGAUUAUAUACUGGAGGGUGUCGAUGGAAAUAAUCAGGAAGAUCCACUGGAGCUGGUCAUUCACCAAACCAAUCUGAACAUGGUGGUGCAACUGUGCCAAUUUUAUGAUGCACUUUUACCCAUGAAAACAACCGCCUGCCUGCACGAGGAAGAUGUGGCCGAGUGUGGUUUCAUACAGUGCCUUUAUCUUUCGCUCGGUGCUGCCCUGCUUGAGGAGUCGCGCAUUCGUUUCGAUGGUUUUGUGAAGCGAAACCUUGAAAUGAUUGCGACGGAAGAUACGCGCGAUAAUCCGGCCGCUACCGGACAAUUGCCCACAUCAAAACCCACAUUGUUUGAUUAUUUCUUUGACAUUGAACGGAAGCAGUGGAUUGCGUGGGAAUGGGUAAUCCCAAGCUAUGAGCAUGAUGCGACAUUGAAUUUCAGUGACAUUCUAGUGCCUACGAUGGAUACUAUGAAGAUAGAGAAAAUUCUGGAUCUGAUGAAUAAGGUGAAAUGUUGUUUGAACUCAAAUUAUGAUAACAGAUUGCCAUAUCUUCUUCAUUGGUGCCCCUUUACACUGCAGGUUCGUCGUCCAGUCGUUUUAGUGGGAGAUCCUGGAACAUCGAAAACGGCCGUAAUAUCCCAUUUCUUGAGACAUCUAAAUCGGGACUCCUUCGUCGUGCUGAAUAUCAACUUUUCCUCGCGAACAUCUUCAAUGGACGUGCAGAAGACGAUUGAAGCUGCGGUGGAAAAACGUACGAAGGAUAUUUUUGGACCACCGGUAGGGAAGAAACUGGUCACAUUCAUCGACGAUAUGAAUAUGCCACAGGUGGACAACUACGGUACACAGCAACCAAUUGCUCUGCUCAAACUGCUGCUGGAAAAGGAGGGAAUGUUCGACCGUACCAAAGAUUUAAGUUGGAAGAAAUUCAAAGAUAUGUCAUUCAUCGCCGCCAUGGGUCGUGCUGGAGGUGGUCGCAAUGAGGUGGAUUCUCGCUUCAUUUCCAUGUUUUCAGCGAUCAACAUUAUUUUCCCCAACGAUGAAACACUGCAUCACAUUUACAUAUCGAUCCUGAAGGGCCACCUGCAACCGUUCGCACCUGAGCUCGGUACCAAUGCACACAAACUGAUCGAGAUGACGCUGGCACUGUUUAAAACACUCGUUACAAAGUUGCCUCCGACGCCUUCGAAAUUCCAUUACAUAUUUAACAUGAAAGAUUUGUCCCGCAUCUUUGCCGGCAUGCUACAAAUACAUCCGAGCUUCGUCAAGGAAACGCGCCAUCUCGUCCGGGUGUGGCGUAAUGAGUUUUCGCGCGUGAUUUGUGAUCGUUUGAUAAACGAGCAGGAUCAACAGUUUAUGGAGCAGCAAAUAAGCGAUCAAAUAAUGGAACAUUUUCCGAUUCCGCGAAGCUUCCGGCAUACGGUGCAGGUGGAACCGGUCCAGCAGGGACGGUUAGAAUCCAGAAUUAAAAGUGCACUGGUGGAGCUGUCUAGUGCACAGUACGCGUUGCGAGAUCCGCUCCUGUUUGGCGAUUACCGCAACGCUGUCAAUCCGGCGGAAGAACGAUACUACGAGGAUUUGCUCGAUUACGAAGCCAUAUACUUCCUGUUUCAGGAAAUACUAAUGGAGUACAAUGAGCAGCGCGGUAAAAUGAAUCUGGUGCUGUUUGAGGAUUGCCUCGAGCACUUGACGCGCGUUCACCGUACGUUGCGAAUGCAUCGAGGGCACGUAAUGCUCGUUGGCAUCGGUGGAUCGGGCAAGCAGAGCAUUACGCGGCUGGCAGCAUUUGCGGCCGGUUGUGAGGUUUUCGAAAUAGUGCUUAGCCGUGGAUACAACGAGGUGUCGUUUCGUGAGGAUUUGAAAACCCUAUUCUUGCAAGUUGGAGUAAAAAAUACCAAAACAUGCUUCAUCUUUAAGGCGGCACAAAUUGCGGAAGAAGGAUUUCUCGAGUUCAUAAAUAAUAUUUUAACCACUGGAAUGGUGCCAGCAAUGUUUACCGACGACGAAAAGGAUCAGAUAAUUGGUCAGUGCCGCGGUGCAGCGCAGGAAAAUGGCUACGCGCCCAGCAAGGAUGGUGUUUGGUCGUAUUUCCUCGAUCGUGCCAUACGAAAUCUGCACGUGGUGCUCUGUAUGUCGCCCGAGGGUGACGCACUACGUAACCGGUGCCGUAAUUUCCCCGGACUGGUGGGCAGUACCACGAUUGAUUGGGUGUUUCCAUGGCCCCAGCAAGCAUUGUUUGCCGUGGCGAAGGUGUUUCUCGCUGACCAUCCGAAGAUUCCAGAAAACUACCGAGACCCAAUCAUUGGACACAUCGUACACGUUCACCAGUCGCUUAAGGGAUAUAACGUGCAAUAUCUGAUGAAAUUACGAAGAAAGAACUUUGUCACACCGAAGCACUAUCUUGAUUUCAUCAAUACGUACUUGAAACUGAUCGAGGAGAAAGAUAAUUUCAUCAUGCAACAGUGCUCUCGACUAUCGGAUGGAAUCGAGAAAAUUAAUGAAGCCUCACUUCAGAUCGAUCAAUUGAGUAUCAUCGUCGAGGAGCAGCGGAAAAAUGUCAUCGAAGCGGCGGACCGUUGUGAAUCGAUGCUGGCGGGAAUUGAGACAUCGACCGAAAAGGCGAACGUGAAAAAAGUCGAAGCGUCCGAAAAGUCGGUCGAGGUGGAGCAACAGAAGAAAAUCAUCACCGUCGAAAAGGCGGAAGCGGAGGAAGCGUUGGCCGCGGCACUGCCCGCCCUCGAGGUAGCCCGGCUGGCACUGUCGGAUUUGGACAAAUCGGAUAUCACUGAGAUUCGCAGUUUUGCGACACCGCCCGAACCGGUGCAGGUCGUGUGCGAGUGUGUAGCCAUCAUCAAGGGUUACAAGGAAAUUUCGUGGAAAACGGCCAAAGGUAUGAUGUCGGAGGGUAACUUUUUGCGCAGUUUGCAGGAGCUGGACUGUGACUCCAUCACCCAGAAACAAGUGGCAACGGUGCGGGCAAACAUGAAGAGAUCACAAAAGCUGGACGAGAUGCAAAGUAUUUCCAAGGCCGGAUAUGGUUUGCUGAAGUUCGUCCGGGCAGUGCUAGGCUACUGUGAUGUGUUUAAAGAGAUCAAACCCAAGAAAGAUCGGGUAGCAUUUUUGGAAUCGGAACUGAAUGGUCAGAUUCGGCUGCUGGUCAAGCUGACGAACGAAAUUGGAAAACUGGAGAACGAACUGUCCGAGCUAAACAGCAAGUACGCGAACGCCAUCAAAGAGAAGCAAAUGCUCCAGGAAAUGAUGGAACAGGCGGAACGGCGGCUGCUUGCCGCAGACAAGCUGAUAUCCGGUCUCAGCUCCGAGCGUGACCGGUGGGUGAUCGAUCUGGGCAAGUUGCAAAUCGAACGUACCAAAGUCAUCGGAAAUGCCUUGUUAUCGGCCUCAUUUCUCGCGUACAUGGGCCCAUUUUCUUGGGAGUUCCGGAAGGCGAUUCUCUUUGAUGAUUGGCUAGCGAACGUGGUAGACCAGGAAAUACCAUUCACCGUGCCGUACCGCGUUAACGGGAACCUGUCGAGCGAUCUCGAGCAGAGCACGUGGGCCUCGGAAGGUCUACCGCCGGAUGAGUUGUCAGUGCAGAACGGAAUACUCACCACCAGAGCGUCGCGGUUUCCGCUCUGCAUCGAUCCGCAGCAGCAAGCCCUGUCGUGGAUAAAAAAGCGCGAAACGCCUAACAAUUUGAAAACGCUCUCGUUCAACGAUAAGGACUUCCUGAAGCAACUCGAGAUGGCGAUAAAGUACGGUACGCCGGUACUGUUUCAGGAUGUGGAUGAUUACAUCGAUCCGGUGAUAGAUAACAUUUUGGAGCGAAACGUGAGAAUUCAGGCGGGCCGGCAGAUCGUCAUAAUCGGCGAUAAGGAAGUGGAUGUGGACGCUAAUUUCCGACUGUACCUCACGACCAAGCUGGCCAACCCAAACUUUGAUCCUGCCGUCUACGCAAAAGCGCAAGUUAUCAACUACACCGUCACGGUGAGUGGGCUGGAAGAUCAACUCCUGAGUGUGGUUGUACGUGCGGAACGGUCAGAUCUUGAGGAGCAGCGCGAAAUGCUAAUUGCCGAAACGAGUGCCAACAAAGCGUUACUUCAAAAUCUUGAGGAUUCAUUGCUACGUGAGCUGGCGACUUCCACUGGUAAUAUGUUAGAUAACGUGGAGCUCGUAACAACGCUUGAAAGCACCAAAGAAAAGGCAGCAGAAGUUUCGCAAAAGAUUGUACUGGCGGAGCAAACUUCCAAAGAAAUUGAUUUACUCCGUAAUGGGUACAGACUUGCAGCGCAACGUGGUGCCAUCUUGUAUUUCGUACUUUCGGAUAUGGCCGCCGUUAAUGCGAUGUAUCAAUAUUCUCUAAACUCCUACCUGGAGGUAUUUAGCUAUUCCCUACGCAAGGCCGUCCCUGAUAACGUUCUCACGAAGCGAUUGGAUAACAUCAUCAACACGCUGACACGCAACGUGUACGAUUAUGGAUGUAUCGGUAUCUUCGAGAAGCACAAACUCCUCUACUCCUUCCAGAUCACGAUCAAGCUGGAACAGAACAGGGGCAGUUUGUCACAGACGGAGAUUGAUUUCUUCAUCAAGGGUAAGGUAUCGCUAGAGAAAACCGAUCGUCCCUGUCCGGUGACGUGGAUCAGUGAGAAGGGCUGGCAGGAUAUCGUAAUGCUGGGUGACAUGUUUCCGGAAAAGUUUGGCGAUUUACCUGGUCACAUCGAGCGCAACAUCUACGAGUGGAGCAGUUGGUAUGAUAUGGACGAUAUCGCUGGGUAUGAAUAUCCUGGCAAUUUUGAAACCCGAAUGACACCAUACGAUCACCUGUUGCUGAUGAGAUGCCUGCGGGUGGACCGAGUAUACCGGAUGCUGAACAACUAUGUCGCUCAAACCAUGGGUGAAGAGUUUAUCACACCGCCAAUUUUGAGCUUCGAUUCCAUCUACGAACAAUCGACCGCGUCCACACCGGUCGUGUUUAUACUGAGCCCAGGUUCCGAUCCUACCUCCGAUCUGAUGAAGCUUGCCGACCGCUGCGGUUUCGGGGGCACCAAAUUUAAGCACAUUUCGCUCGGUCAGGGCCAGGAAGGGGCAGCACUGCGGCUACUCUACACGGCACUCGACCAGGGCUUAUGGUUGAUGCUGCAGAACGGCCACCUGCUGAUCAGUUUCAUCAAAUCGCUCGAGAAAAUCAUCGAUUCGAUCGAAAAACCACACCCGGACUUUCGGCUCUGGAUAACGACGGACGCAACGCCAACGUUUCCGAUUGGCAUUUUGCAAAAGUCGCUGAAAGUCGUUACCGAGCCACCGAACGGGUUGAAGAUGAAUCUGCGGGCCACAUUCUUCAAACUUCGCCAGCAGACACUUGACUCCUGUACCCAUGCCGCCUUCAAACCAUUAGCAUACGUGCUAGCAUUCUUUCAUGCCGUGCUACAGGAGCGCAGAAAAUAUGGCAAAUUGGGUUGGAACAUCUGUUACGACUUCAAUGAGUCAGAUUUUAACGUAUGUCUGCAGAUACUCGAUACCUACUUAACGAAAGCAGUGGAUUCACGCGAUAGUCGUCUGCCGUGGAAUAGUUUGAAAUAUUUAAUUGGAGAGGUGAUGUACGGUGGACGGGUAAUAGAUGACUUCGAUCGGCGUGUUGUGAAAACGUACAUGGAUGAGUACAUGGGUGACUUCCUGUUCGAUACGUUUCAACCGUUCAAUUUCUACACGGACGAAUCAUUUACGUACGCACCGGUGGCGGCACCGAAUCGAGAUGAAUUUAUCGCCUCCAUCGAUAAGCUGCCACUCAACAACACGCCGGAAGUGUUUGGUUUGCAUUCGAACGCGGAGAUCGGUUACUAUACGAUGGCGGUACGUGAAACCUGGGCGCAUCUGAUUGAUUUGCAACCACAAACCGGUGCGGAUACGGGCGGCAUCAGCCGGGAUGAGUUUAUCGACAGGGCGGCCGUGGACAUACUGCAAAAGCUGCCGAAAGCGUUCGAUAUAUGGCGCGUGAAAAAGGCGUACCAGGUCAACAUAACGCCCAUCUGCGUGGUGCUGCUCCAGGAGCUGGAACGCUACAAUCGGCUGAUCCAGCGGAUGGAACACACGCUGAACCAGCUGCGGAAAGCGCUCGCCGGCGAGAUUGGCAUGGAUGCGGUGCUCGACAAUGUUGCUCAUGCAUUAUUCAACGGGCAGCUGCCGGAUGACUGGCGUAAACUUGCACCGGCCACCUGCAAACAGCUCGGUGACUGGAUCGAACAUUUGCUGCGAAGAUCACAGCAGUAUAAAUAUUGGUCAGUGUCUGGUGAACCACUGGUGAUGUGGCUGUCCGGACUGCAUAUACCGGAAAGUUAUUUAACCGCGUUAGUUCAGAUCGCUUGCCGGAAGAACAACUGGCCGUUGGAUCGUUCGACACUGUUCACGUCCGUCACCCGGUUUCUGCGCGAGGAUGAAAUCGAAGAGCGACCGGAAGCGGGCUGCUACGUGACCGGUUUGUACCUUCAGGGUGCACGCUGGGAUCCGGAAAACCGAUGUCUGACACGUUCGACUCCGAAAGUGCUGGUCGAACCGUUGCCCGUGCUCUCGAUUGUGCCGAUAGAAACACACCGACUGAAAUUACAAAAUACGUUCCGUACACCGGUUUAUACAACAUCCGAGCGGCGCAAUGCAAUGGGCGUUGGGUUGGUGUUUGAAGCUGACCUUCGCACAGAGGAACACGACAGCCUGUGGGUGUUGCAAGGAGUUUGCUUGACGAUGAAUUUGGAUUAAUUCAAGAUUGACGAAAUUAUUGUAUCUAUCAUGUAAAAUUUAAUAAAAACAUCUUAACAGUUAGUAAAAAUAAAGGGUUCUUACUACC